AUGUCAGAGGAAACUCAAGUUUUGUCCAUCCAGGACCGGAUCAGGGCGCUGAAACAGGCACAGAACGGACAAGGUUCUGAAGGGACGGGAUCGCCGCCGCUUUUGGGUACACAGCCAACCGCAUUUGCGCUCCGUCCGCAAACCAACGGCGUCAGCUCUAAUACUCCUCCUCCGCCAUACAACGACCGACCACCGCCUAUUGGAAGAAAUACCCCGGGUUCUGGUGUUGUACAGCGACCGCCGCCUCGUUCUGUGUCGAGCGAAAUCGCUAGGCAACAGCCAAAGGUGCCCCCGCCCUUACCAGCCCGCAAAAGCUCGAGCCAACUCGCCCCAUCGCUGCCUCCACGAAGACCUUCGGCAGACUCUUUGGCUUCCGAUGUAUCGCGAUCGACGACUACGAGCACGGAGAGACCGAAGACAGCGUCUUCUGCCAAAUCUCCCGGAUCUAUAGUGAAAGCACCACCAUGGGGCGCACCGCUCCCCCCUCUGCCUCCGAAGCGAGAAGAUACGAAACCCGCCCUUCCGUCAUCGCGACCGAAGCCAUCGAGACCGAAAACUCCUACCUCAAAGAGUAAUGGCCUCUUGCCGCCCCCUCGACCGGGUCUACCUCCUCGUCGGUCCUCAGGCCAGAGCGUCUCGACGAUCUCGACAGUGUCGACUGAGAGCAGCUUUACCCAGUCAAGACCACCUCCACAACUCCCUUCUAGAAGUACUCGCGACAGAUCACCUGCGCCUGUUGAGGAAAAAAACGAAAAGCCCCAAGCUAAAAGGCUUCCUCCGCCCACCCCUUCAGGAGCCGAUCUGGACAAGAUUCAGCGUUAUGGUUUCGGAGGAUUGAACAAAAAGGCAACGGAGGUGCAAGUAGAGGAGAUUAGCCUGGACUCCACAUCAGUGGAAGCCUCGCCUGCUCCCCCGCCAGUGCCUCGGGCUUCUCGCCCAGAUCUCUCUGCGAUCCAGGCGACCAAGCCACGAAUCUCGGCGGCUGAUGCAUCGGCUGCUGCGGUGGCUACGGUUUGUUUGAAAUGCCGCGAUUUCUCGGCACCUGAUGCACAUGCUACCCGAUACCCGCGAGAGUCGCUUCCUACUCAUGAUCUCGGAUGGCUUGCAAAUGAACUCACCGCGCCAUUCCCAUCACUUACCGACAAGGCGCGGGCAAUCUUCGCCUGGCUGCAUCAUAACAUAGACUACGAUACGGUGUCGUUCUAUAAUAACUGUGUGAAGCCGUCUACACCUGGGGGGACAUUUGCGUCGGGACUUGCUGUUUGUCAGGGCUUCGCCGAGCUCUUUGAGGAACUUGCCACCAGAGCGGGACUGGAGGCCAAGGUCAUCUCUGGGCACGGUAAAGGUUACGGGUAUUCCGCUCCGGUUCCCGGUGCGCCUCUUCCGGCCUACUCAGCUGGACAUGCGUGGAACGUCGUGCGAAUUGACAACAAUCAGUGGAAACUCAUAGAUGCAUGCUGGGGAGCCGGCCACGUGAAUGGACCUGGACAGCCGUACUGCCGCAGCUUUAAUCCGGCCAUGUUUACCAGCACAAACGAUGAAUUCGGGCUGAGGCAUUAUCCAGGCAACCGAGCCUAUUUCUACCGGGACGACGGCCGGCCCGAAAUUACCUGGGAGGAAUACCUUCUAGGCAACCCGAAUUCACCACUUGGCGCCGCGCAGCCGAGAACUUUCAGCGAUGCGCAGAAACACAGCAUUGGCGAGCGGUCGUACCGGCCGGCCAGCGAGACGAUCUCCAUUCACCAGCCGGGCCCGCUGCGCUUCCAGUUCAAUCUUAUCUGCGAACACUGGACGCUGGAGAGGCACACUCGGGCAAAGCCCGGGCUGUUUCUACUGAUGAUUCAUGGGGUUGACGGUCGAAAGGAGGACCGCCUUCCCUUGACUCACUGGCGGGGUUCCGGGCCAAAUGGCGGCGGAGAUGUCUGGUAUGUGGAUGUGCCUGAUCCUAGGGUACUUGGCGCCCCCGGGCAGAAAGUGCAACUGGCUGUUCUCACGAAAUUUGGAAAGCAGGAGGACGCUCGUGGGGUUACAGUGGAGGAGUACCAACGACAGGUUGGACGAGUGGGGAUGGCCUGGGCAUACAUUGCCGAGUGGGAGCUCGUGGCAUGA